AUGGCCUUGCUCCUGGUGGCCUUGCUCACAUUCCUGAGCUUGGGCGCAGGAUGUCAUCAUCAGAUCUGCCACUGCUCUAACAGGGUUCUCCUCUGCCAGGAGAGCAAGGUGACAGAGAUUCCCUCCGACCUCCCCAGGAAUGCGGUUGAACUGAGGUUUGUUCUCACCAAGCUUCAAGUCAUCCCAAAAGGAGCAUUUUCGGGAUUUGGGGACCUGGAGAAAAUAGAGAUCUCGCAGAAUGAUGUCUUGGAAGUGAUAGAGGCAAAUGUGUUCUCCAAUCUGCCCAAACUACAUGAAAUUAGAAUUGAAAAAGCCAACAACCUGCUAUACAUCGACCCUGAUGCCUUCCAGAACCUUCCCAACCUCCGAUAUCUGUUAAUAUCCAACACAGGUAUUAAGCACUUGCCAGCUGUUCACAAGAUUCAAUCUCUCCAAAAGGUGUUACUAGACAUUCAAGAUAAUAUAAACAUCCACACAGUUGAAAGAAAUUCUUUCGUGGGGCUAAGUUUUGAAAGUAUGAUUCUAUGGCUGAGUAAGAAUGGGAUUCAAGAAAUACACAACUGUGCAUUCAACGGAACCCAACUAGAUGAGCUGAAUCUAAGUGAUAACAAUAAUUUGGAAGAAUUGCCUAAUGAUGUUUUCCAAGGAGCCUCUGGACCAGUCAUUCUAGAUAUUUCAAGAACGAGGAUCCAUUCCCUGCCCAGCUAUGGCUUAGGAAAUCUUAAGAAGCUGCGGGCCAAGUCAACUUACAACUUAAAAAAGCUCCCCAGUCUGGAAGCUUUUGUCACACUCGUGGAGGCCAGCCUCACCUACCCCAGCCACUGCUGCAUCUUUGCCAACUGGAGGCGGCAGAUCUCUGACUUGCAUCCAAUUUGCAACAAAUCUAUCUUAAGGCAAGAAGUCGAUGAUAUGACUCAGGCUAGGGGUCAGAGAGUCUCUUUGGCAGAAGACGAUGAGUCCAGCUACGCCAAAGGAUUUGACGUGAUGUACAGUGAACCUGACUAUGACUUAUGCGAUGACGUGGUUGACAUCACUUGCUCCCCCGAGCCAGAUGCAUUCAAUCCAUGUGAAGAUAUCAUGGGGUAUGGUAUCCUCAGGGUCCUGAUAUGGUUCAUUAGCGUCCUGGCCAUCACUGGGAACAUCUUAGUGCUCUUAAUACUGAUCACCAGCCAAUACAAACUCACAGUCCCCCGGUUCCUGAUGUGCAAUUUGGCCUUUGCCGACCUCUGCAUUGGGAUCUACCUGCUGCUCAUAGCGUCAGUUGACAUCCACACCAAAAGCCAGUACCACAACUACGCCAUUGACUGGCAAACUGGAGCAGGCUGUGACGCUGCCGGCUUCUUCACCGUCUUUGCCAGUGAGCUCUCAGUCUACACCCUGACAGCCAUCACGCUGGAAAGAUGGCACACCAUCACCCACGCCAUGCAGCUAGAACGCAAGGUACAGCUCCGCCACGCUGCCAGCGUCAUGCUGGUGGGCUGGAUCUUCGCUUGUGCAGUCGCCCUCUUUCCCAUCUUUGGCAUCAGCAGCUACAUGAAGGUGAGCAUCUGCCUGCCUAUGGAUAUCGACAGCCCCUUGUCACAACUGUAUGUCAUGUCCCUCCUUGUGCUCAACGUCCUGGCCUUUGUGGUCAUCUGUGGCUGCUACACUCACAUCUACCUCACAGUGAGAAACUCCAACAUCACAUCCUCCUCUAGCGACACCAAGAUUGCCAAGCGCAUGGCCAUGCUCAUCUUCACUGACUUCCUCUGCAUGGCGCCCAUCUCCUUCUUUGCCAUCUCUGCCUCCCUCAAGGUGCCCCUCAUCACUGUGUCCAAGUCAAAGAUCCUCCUGGUCCUGUUCUACCCCAUCAACUCCUGUGCCAACCCCUUCCUCUACGCUAUCUUCACCAAGAACUUCCGCAGGGAUUUCUUCAUUCUGCUGAGCAAGUCUGGCUGCUAUGAAAUGCAAGCCCAGACCUAUAGGACAGAAACCUCAUCCACUGCCCACAACUUCCAUCCAAGGAAUGGCCGCGGCCCUCCAGUUGCCAGGGUUACCAAUGGUUCCAAUUACACACUUAUCCCCCUAAGCCAUUUAGCCCAGAACUAA